AUGAGACUACGCGAACGACAGACACUAUACUCAUGGCUCUACUAUUCUCUUCCCUCCUACCUGGUCGUCUUGUUGGUCUACUUCAAAUUCAUGCAUCCGGAACAAGAUCCUUGGGAAACUUGGCUCCUCAAGUCGGCCCCUGUCUUGGUUGGUCCACUCGUGAUCUACUUUGUGAGGAAGCUGAUUUCAUUCUCAUUCUCUCGUUAUCGUGGAUAUGAAGAAAUGCGACUCGAGAAUCUCAAGACACGACAGAAAGCUACGGUCGAGGAAUUGAAGAAGAAGACCAAGUUCUAUGCCACAAAGGAGCUGAUAGAGAGAUACGAGACACCAGUAAAGUCAAAAGACCAGGCCCAGAUGAAGAACGGAGGUCAAGCUCGCCCAGCUGGACCUAUGCCUCUCAACGCACCAGGAAAUCCUUCUUCUCUUCCCAAUAAUCCAGCUGGAUUGACGAAAAAGAAUCCAUAUACUCGCGACACAACGCAUGUCGAUGGUUCUCGACCACCACAACCAUCAGCAGCAACACCUUUUUCACGACCACCACAACCACCACCAUCAAUAUCACAAAUAGAAGCAUCUUCAAUGCCAGGAUCUUCUCCUUUGAUGCCACAAACCUCAAUACAAUCGGUUCAGCAAGAGCCAUUCGUUUAUCAAACAAUGCCAAUAAUACCGCAACAACCCAUGCAACGAAACUGGUAUGACAAGAUUGUCGAUGCGAUUGUUGGUGACAUGGACAGUCCAAACAGUCGAUAUGCUCUGAUAUGUCGGUACUGCUUUACGCAUAAUGGGCUGGUAUUGCCUGAGGAGUACUCUAACAUCAAAUUCAAGUGUAUGAGUUGUGGAGGCUUGAAUCAACACGUACCCACCACCACAUCAACUGCAAGCAAUCCAAACGAAUCAAGAACACCACCACUACCAUCCCUUCAUUCUACAUUGUCCUCAGAGGAUUUAUCCAGGUCUGCAGAGAGUUUACAAUUACCGAUAGUUGAAUCUCAUCCAGGUGCAGUCGCCUCUACAGAAGGAGAAGAAGCUGUCAAGAAAAAGGCCAAGAAGAAGAAAAAGAAGGGGCAUGAUGAGGACGUUGCUCUGUCUGGUGAUGAAGCAUCUGUAGCUGAAUGA